AUGGAUUAAAAAUCAUCUGCUUUUCAUAUAUACAAAUAAACUCUUAUUAGACGCAAUGCAGUGCCCAUUUCCUCGGUUUAUACUUACGAUGUUGCAAAUAAAAUUGGACAAGGAGCAUAUGGAAGUGUUUUCAAAGCAAUUCAUAAUGUUUCCUAAUAAGUGAGAGCUGUAAAAGUGAUCAACAAACUCAACAUUAAAUACAAAGAAAGAUUAUUAAGCGAGAUAACAAUAAUGGAGCUAUUAGAUCAUCCAAAUAUAUUGAGAGUAUUUGAAACAUUUGAAGAUGAAGAGAAUUUGUAUAUGAUUCUAGAAAUCUGUUAAGGUGGUGAUGUGUUUGAUAAGGUAUUGGAAAAAGGAAAUCUAUCAAUUGACGAAGCAUUUAAAGUUUAUAUUCAAUACAUGAGAGCAGUCAAUUACUAUCAAGGCUUCAAAAUAGUUCACAGUAGGGAUUUGAAACCCGAAAACUUUUUAUUUUAAAAAAAGGAUGAUUUGAACACUUUAAUUGUCAUUGAUUUUGGAAUUGCCAAAAGAGGCGUCGAUAAAUUAAAAACCAAAAGUGGCACAGCCUAUUAUGUUGCUCCUGAAGUAUUGGAAGGAUCUUACGAUUCAAAAUGUGACAUCUGGUCUUCUGGAGUCAUUUUGUAUGUUAUUUUAUGUGGAUAUCCUCCCUUUUAUGGAGAAAAUGAGAAGGAAAUAUUAACUGAAAUCAAGAAUGCUUAAUUAUAAUUCGAAGGUGAUGAAUGGCUUUAAAUACCACAAGAAAUUAAAGAUUUCAUUAAACUUUAGAUAUGUCCUGCUGCUUAAAGAUAUGCACCAAAAGAUUUGUUGUCAAAUAAAUUGGUAGAUAAAUUCAAUCAGAAAUUUUAAGUUGAUUAAAAGUUGAUUUCAAUGUUGACGAUAACUCAAUGGGUGAAGUUCCACCCUUUGAAAAGAUUGGGAUUAUACUAUUUAGCAACCCAAAUCAACUCAUCAGAUCUUAAACAAUAGAAAAUGGCCUUUUUCUUAAUAAACACAUCUCAAUCUGGGCUAAUUACUUAAGCAGAAUUAGCAUCAUAUUUGAAGGUGAACAAAUAAGAUAUAUAAAAAGUAUGGCCUUAUUUAGAUUGCAACAAUAACGGCUAUUUAGAUUACUUUGAAUUCAUUGCAAUAACUUUGACUCCACAAGAUUAUAAUAAUCAUUUGCAAUUCAUUUUUGAUUUCUUAAGCUAACAAGAGAAACAGGUCACACAAAAAACGAUAAAAUCAAUUUUUGAUCAAAAUGCUAAUUUGGACUCGAAAUGGGCAUCCAUUUCAGAAACAAAAAGUAAUCAUCAAAAUACACACGAUCAUCAAGUUAAUGUUAAAAAUAUUAUUGAAAAAGAUAUUGAUUUUGCUGGCUUUAAAGUCUUAAUGGGAUGA